AUGAACCAUCUGCCUCUAGGGCAAGGAGUCCCUGCUGUUCCGGUGAUUAACUAUGUGCGCACCGAGAUCAAGAAAGCAGCUGAUGAGAGCCAGUCUAUUCUCGAGAACACACCGGUUGGAAAAGGCAAUGAUGAUGGUUCACUACGAGCAUUCCUCAAGCGUCAGGCCAAGAAGUUAAGGCGGUUAUCGAAUCUUCUCGGUUGCCGUGAUCCCGAAUUUGAUGAACCAUCUGCCUCUAGGUCUGGUACACCAUCAGACCCCUCAUCUCACCAUCAGGGGGACGAUGUGAGUUCCUCAUAUGCUUAUCUGGAUGAUGAUGGCGUGGCCACCCAAGAGGGCCAUGAGCUUGAUGAUGACAUGACUUUGGCAGACGCUCAACUUCGGUCCCUAUAUGUGUUCAAGCCUAGGCAGCCCAGACGCCGGUACACGCCCAACGACUUUGACAACAGAGGCAACCCAAAGGUGGUCGUAGGGACCUUGUGGAUGGCUAGCUUGGAUGAUGAGGCGGAGGAGGAAGUGCAGGAAGAGGAGCCUCGUCCACCCAGGAAGAAGAAGAUUGCCUGCAGGCGUGGCACCAGGAACACGCGCGGAAGUUUGGCAGUUAACAACACUGCAGCGCCCAACAGACAGGCGCUGCACAGUACUGUGUGA